GCCUAAAUCUGACACGUACUAUUACCCCCGUGGCAACUACCCAGGGUCGGUGACAGCCAGAGCCGGGCGAUGCCCCCAGCCGACGGGUGGACAGAGGCGCCAUCAGGUUUCUUGGAGUCUCUGCGGAGCCCCUGGGCCAGACCCCGUAGUGAAGGCUGCAGGAUCUUCCUUCCAGCCCCAGAAGCUCUGGUUGAGUCCACGGACCCGCCUGGCCUCAGGGUACCGGGAAGAGCGGAGUUGUCAGCAGGAGAGCCUGAAGGUUGAGGCUCAGCGGGACAAUGCCAGCCAACCGGAGCUCUCCCCAGUGGUCCCCAGCCCUGGCUGCAGAGGGACAUGGCAGUGUGUGUGAGGUGUCAUUCGAGGAUGUGACUGUGGACUUCAGCAGGGAGGAGUGGCAGCACUUGGACCCUGCUCAGAAGCUCCUGUACCGGGAUGUGACACUGGAGAACUAUAGCCACCUGCGCUCAGUGGGGUACCAAGUUCCCAAACCAGAGGUCAUCUUCAAGUUGGAGCAAGGAGAGGGGCCAUGGACGUUGGAAGAGGAAACCCCACAUCAGAGCUGCUCAGAUGAGGAUAAUGGGCAAACCCAACAACAGAGAAUUUCUGAAGAAGUUUCAUUACACUGUGAGAAAUUUGGUCAGUCCAUAGGAAAAGAUUCAUUGUGUUCCAUUUUAGAAGAACUGUGGCAAGAUAAUGACCGGCUAGAGAGAUAUCAAGAAAACCAAAAUAACCCUUUAAGUCAUGUGAAAGUAUUGAUUAAGGAGAGGGGCUAUGAAUGUGAAAACAUUGAAAAAAUAAUUCACGUGAGUACCAGGCUUGUUCCUUCCAUUAAAAGACUCCAUAACUAUGACACAUUUGGAAAGAGUUUGAAGCAUACUUUAAACUUACAUAAUCAUAAUAAAAGCAAUGCAACAAAGAACUUUGAUAAGAUUUUUAGAAAUGGUAACAAUUUUGCCCAUAGCUCUUCCUCUACUAAGAAUGAGAAUGCUAAUACAGGAGCAAACUCCUGUGAACUUAAUCAAUGUGAAAAACAUCUUGGCCACAAACAAGUUCUCACCCACCAUCAGAAAAUUCAUACUGAAGAGAAACUUUAUGUGUGUACCCAAUACGUACAGACAUUCACCCAAAAGUCACAUCUUUUUGAGCAUCAGAGAAUUCAUGCUGGAGAAAAAUCCCAUGAAUGCAACAAGCGUGAGAAUGUCUUCACUCAGAAGCCGCAAACUGAGGUACCUCAAAGUGUUUACACAAGAGAGAAACCUUUUAUAUGUACUCAAUGUGGGAAGGCCUUUACACUCAGGUCAAACCUCAUUACACAUCAGAAAAUUCAUACUGGGCAGAAACCCUAUAAAUGCAGUGAAUGUGGAAAAGCCUUUUUCCACAGAUCAUAUCUCUUUAGACAUAUGAGAAUUCAUACAGGAGAAAAACCUUAUGAAUGCAGUGAAUGUGGAAGAGGCUUCUCCCAGAAUUCUGACCUCAAUAUACAUCAGAAAACUCAUACUGGAGAGAAACACUAUGCAUGCAGUGAAUGCGGGAAAGCCUUCACAAGAAAAUCAGCACUCAGGAUGCAUCAAAGAAUUCACACAGGAGAGAAACCUUAUGUGUGCAAUGAAUGUGGGAAGGCCUUCAUCCAGAAAUCCCAUUUCAAUACACAUCAGAGAAUUCAUACUGGAGAAAAACCUUAUGAAUGCAGUGACUGUGGGAAAUCGUUCAUUAAGAAAUCACAACUCCAUGUGCAUCAAAGAAUUCAUACAGGAGAAAAACCUUAUAUAUGUACAGAAUGUGGAAAGGUCUUUACUCAUAGGACAAAUCUCACUACACAUCAGAAAACUCAUACUGGAGAGAAACCGUAUAUGUGUGCCGAAUGUGGAAAGGCUUUCAGCGAUCAGUCAAAUCUCAUUAAACACCAGAAAACUCAUACUGGAGAGAAACCCUAUAAAUGCAAUGGCUGUGGAAAGGCCUUCAUAUGGAAGUCACGCCUCAAAAUACAUCAGAAAUCUCAUAUUGGAGAGAGACACUAUGAAUGCAAUGAAUGUGGGAAAGCCUUUAUCCAGAAAUCAACACUCAGUGUGCAUCAGAGAAUCCAUACAGGAGAGAAACCCUAUGCUUGUCCUGAAUGUGGGAAGGCCUUCAUCCAGAAAUCACACUUCAUUGCACAUCAUAGAAUUCAUACUGGAGAGAAGCCUUAUGAAUGCAGUGACUGUGGGAAAUGCUUCACGAAGAAGUCACAACUCCGGGUGCAUCAGAAAAUUCACACAGGAGAGAAACCCAAUAUAUGUGCUGAAUGUGGAAAGGCCUUCACUGACAGGUCAAAUCUCAUAACACACCAGAAAAUCCAUACUAGAGAGAAACCCUAUAAAUGCAGUGACUGUGGAAAAGCCUUCACCUGGAAGUCACGCCUCACUAUCCAUCAGAAAUCUCAUACUGGAGAGAGACACUAUGAAUGCAGUAAAUGUGGGAAAGCUUUCAUCCAGAAAGCAACACUAAGUUUGCAUCAGAUAAUUCAUACAGGGAAGAAACCUUAUGCUUGUACAGAAUGUCAGAAGGCCUUCACUGACAGGUCAAAUCUCAUUAAACACCAGAAAACUCAUAGUGGAGAAAAACUCUAUAAAGCCAGUGACUGAAAAUGCCUUCAGCUGGAAAUCACAACUGGAUAUGCAUCAGCUGUCUCAUAGUGGAGAGACGAGGAGUGCCUGAUGCAUCAAUCAUUGUGCAAGGGGAGUAGAUAUGACAGACUACAAACAGCCUAAGUGAACAGAAGGCAAACAAAGCCAAGUAUCCUUCAGUCAGGUGGAAUACAAGUUGAUAUGCAAUUAUAUGCAUAGGGAGACACUUAGAUAAAGCAUUUGAGCAAUAGCCCUGUUUGGUUUUAUGAUUCACACAGGUACUCUCAAUCUCCUGCAAAUGGUAGAAAUAGAGACCCCAGGAGAUGACUUGUAAUCUCCUGUGUUUCACUUUUUGGAUAAAGGGCUUUAUAAAUUCAGCACUGAUUUGUCCUUCAUACCUUGGGAUGUAAAAGUCCUCAAUACUGGCCAAUAUUUUUUUUCAAAUUUCUAGGGUGGGGAGAAGAGUAUUCAUUGUUCUAACACCUCUGGGGCACUGAAGUACAGGCAAAAACCAAUUUGGGAAUGUAUAAUAGAUCUAUGAGUAGAAGCCAGAAGUUUUUGUUAUCAUUGACAUUUAAGACAGAAAAUAUUGUCCUAAGGAACUGUUCUUUCUCUUCCCUUUGAGAAGUCACCAUGGUAUAUUUUUUAAAAAUUAAAUAGAAUUUUUAAACUUAAAGUCUGACUUUAUGCAUUGGCAAAUUAAGCAUAGCUCUAGCCUAUGUUACAGGAAUAGAGUUAUUAAAUGUUACACACACCUAAAGGUGGAAAAUUUUCCCUCAUUAAUUCUAUGCUGUGGCAGCAGGUGAUUCGCACUCGAAAAUGGUAGGCAUACCUUCUAACCUGUACCCCAAAAGCUAUCAAUCAUUUAUGUAAGCUGCAGACCAUAAACUUCCUAUCCCCUUAGUAACUGACCCUAAGACAAUGAAACUGAGCCACAGCACUCUGGACUUCCCAUCUCAUCCACUGAAGCUUCUGCUUUCUUUGGGAUUUCUGUUUGAAAAACAAUGGUUAAGAAAUUGGAUUUCAGGGCUUCCCUGGUGGCGCAGUGGCUGAGAGUCCGCCUGCCGAUGCAGGGGACACGGGUUCAUGCCCCGGUCUGGGAAGAUCCCACAUGCCAUGCAGCGGCUAGGCGCGUGAGCCAUGGCCGCUGAGCCUGCGCGUCCGGAGCCUGUGCUCUGCAACGGGAGAGGCCACAACAGUGAGAGGCCUGUGUAAUGCAAAAAAAAAAAUAAAUAAAUAAAUAAAAGAAAUUGGAUUUCAAUACAUAAAACUUUGGUGGUUUUUCUUCCAAUUUAGUUAAUUUGAUAUAUUCAUUUUCUACAUGCAUAUUAAGAGUAAUUUUGUGUAGAUUGCUAUGGGAUAAAGUCAUGUUGCAUUGUAGUUUUUUAGCCUAAGAUAUGAUUAUAGUUUAUUAUAGUUGAAUAACUGGAAGACUUCUCUAGAAAGAACACUGCUUUUUUUAAAGCACUGAUAUAUAAACACUUUCUUGAUUUCAAUUAAAUGUUUUUGCAAUACUCAUAAGAAAGGGGCUUUCUUUCUAGCAUGUAAUUUUAUUUGGUUUUUAAACCUUUUUAUUAAAGUAUAAUGCAUACAGAAAAUGCAUAUAUCAUAAGCAUAAAGCUUAAUGAGUUCUCACAAACUGAACACUGAUCAAGAAACAGAACAUGACCAGCACCCCAGAAAAACUCCCUGUGCUCCCUUCCAGGCCUUACUGUCCACCUACCCCACCAGGUAAACACUACCCUGACUUAAAUAGCUUUGUCUGCUCGGUAUUUUAUAUAAAUUGAGUCAAACAAUUAUAUUUCAUAUUUUGGUAAUAUACUCUUUAAGUGUCUAUCUUCUUUCAUUCACAUUGUAAAUAUGAUAUUCGUCCAUAUUGUUAAAUGCAGUUAUGGAUAAUUCAUUCUUAUUGUCAUGUUAUAUUCCAUUCUGUGACUACUGUACAAUAUAUUUAUCCAUUCUAUUGUUAAUGGACAUUUGUGUUGUUUGCAGCUUGGGGCUAUUGGGAAUAGUGCUACUAUAAAUACUUUAGUACCUAUCUAUUGGUGAACAUAUUUAUGAACUUCUGUUAGGUAUAUAUCUAGGAGUUGAACUGCCAGGCUAUAUGGUGUCCAUUCUCAGCUAGUUUAUAAAACUACUUUUCCAAAGUGGCUUCGCCAAUGUACACUCCCACCAGCACAGUAUAUGAGUUCUAUUUGCUCCACAUCCUUGUCAACACUUGGUAUUUUCCAUCAUUUUUACUGUAGCCAUUAUGGUGGAUGUAUAGUGAUAUCUCAGUGUGAUUUGAUUUUUAUUUCCUUAUCCUGCAAUCCCACCAUCUUCCCAAGACAGUUGACUGAUAUCUCAGAUCUGAAACCCAGGCAUGGCUCUCAUGUGACUGUACCAUUUUACAUCUCACCAGCAAUAGUAAGCAAUUAGUAACUUUAAAUCUUUCCACACAAAAAUGCCCAAAGCUUGAUGGUUUAACUGGUUAAUUGCAUUAAACAUUUGAGGAGAAAUAAUGCCAACACUCCACAAAAUCUUUCAGAAAAUAGAGGAGGAAGGAACACUCCCCAACUCUAUGAGGCCAGUAUCACCCUGAUACUUAAGCCAUACAAACACACCACAAGAAAAUAAAACUACAGACCAACAUUCCUCAUGAACAUAGAUGUAAAAAUCUUCAACAAAAUAUUAGCAAAAUGAAUCCAGCAACAUAUAAAAGGUUUAUGCAUCAUGACCAAGUGGGGUUUAUUCCAGUGAUAUAAGGCUGCUUCAACAUUCAAAAAUCAGUCAACGCAAUUUACCAUAUUAUAUAUACAAGGUAAAGAAGAAAAAUCACAUGAUCUAAAAAUUCAAUACAACUUUAUCAAAUUUCCAGCAGACUUUGUUCCCCAGAAAUUGAUAAGCUAAUCGUAAUAUUUAUAUAGAAAUAGAAAAGACCAAGAUUAGCAAACAGGAAUUUGCCAAAAAGCAAAGUGGAAGGACAGUAACCUCCCAAUUUCAAAACUAUAGAACUGCAGUAAUCAAGACAGUAUGGUACGGGCAUGGGGAUAGAGACAUAGAUCAAUGGAACAGAACAGAGAGUCUAGGAAUAAACCCUGAUACUUACGGUAAAAAUAUUUUUUACAAAAGUGUGAAGGCAAUUCAUUGGGGAAAGAAAAGUCUUUUCAACAUUUGGUGCAAGAAUAAUUUCAUAUCCACAUGCAAAAAGAUGAAUUUAAAUCUUACUUCACACCAUACUAAAACUUAACAAAGAAAUGGAUCAGAUAUGUAAAUAUAAAAGCUAAAACUAUAAAAGUUUUAGCAAAAAACAUAGGAGAAAAAUCUCUGUGACCUUGUGCUAGGCAAGGAAUUCUUAAGUAAGGCACCAAGAGCAUGAUCCAUAAAGAAAAAAUGAUAAGUUAGACUUCAUCAAAAUGAAAAAUGUUUAAACUUCAAAAGGUACCAUUAAGAAAAUGAAAAGACAAAGCACAGACAGGGAGAAAACACUUGUAAAUCAUUUACCUGAUAAAGGACUUGUAUCCAGAAUAUAUACAGAACACUUACAACUCAAUAAAAAGAGGACAAGCAACCCAGUUUAAAAUUAGGCUGAAGAUUUGAAGAGAUAUUUCACCAAAAAAUAUACACAAAUAAGCACAUGAAGAGAUGCCCAACAUCAUUAGUCAUUAGAGAAUUUCUAACUAAAACCACAAUGAAAUACCACUUUAUAUGUACUAAAACUGCUAAAAUUUAAAAAAACAAUUAUAACAAAUGUUGGCAAGGAUAUGGAGAAUCAGGAACUUUCCUACAUUUCUGAUAUGACUGCAUUAAAAUGGUAUAGCCAUUUUGGAGAAAUUUGGCAGUUUCUUAAAAAGUUGAUCAUAAAUUUACUAGAGGACCCAGUACUGCCAUUCAUAUUAUCUACCCAAAAGAUAUGUAAUGUUUUCAUGCAAACACUUAUACUCAAAUAUUCAUAACAGCAUUAUUCAUACAAGACAAAAAGUGGAGACAAUCCAAAUGUCCAUCAACCAGCAAGUAGAUAAACAAAAUGUGGUAUAUUCAGCAAUAAAAAAGAACAAAUACUAAUAAAUACUACAGCAUGAACUGUUCAACUGUGGAUGAACUUCAAAAAUAUGCUAAGUGAAAGAAGUGAGACACAAAGGAUCUAGUAUUGUAUUUGCCUAUUGUGUUUAUAUGAAAUGUCCGCAAAAGUAAAAUUUACAGAGAUCUGUAGAUUAGUGGUUGUCUGGGUGUGAGAAUGGGAAUCGUCAUUAACUGUUAAUUAGUACAAGGAAUCUUAUUGGGGUGAUUAAAAUGUUAUAGAACUUGAUUGUGAUGAUGGUUGCACAACUAGGUAAAUUUAAUAAAGGUCAUUGAGGUGAUCCUUAAUUCCAUUCCUGUUUAAACAUCUGGGUUCCCUGCCAUAACAUCUGUUGCCACCCAUAUCUAGAAUGAAGUGGUGUCUUGGGGCCUGUUGUACAUUUAAGAAUAAACUUUUGUUUUUUUAAAAAAGGUCAUUGAACUGUACAAUUUAAAUAUGGAUCC